CUCUCUCUCUCUCUCUCAGCCUCUCUAUCAAUCUCGCCCUCAUUCAAUGCACACAUUAGAGAGGUUCAGUGUCAGUGUGUGUAAACGCUCCCGUCGGCAUUUGGACUGCGUUUUACUGGAUUAGCCACCUCGGCGUGCAUCCGUUUUGCUUUGCGGCUCCGCCCGGUGUCCGGUGCGGACUGACUGCUCAGAUCUGAUAGUUUUAUUGGAUUGACCGACAGCGGCGGGGGAGGACUGGCGUUACCCCCCAACACACAGGACAAAGAAAACGGGGGGAAAUUAAGGACAAAAGAUAAGAGUGGUUGAAGACAGGAAUGAAAAUGGAUACCUGCCUCCUCACGCUCGUGUUUGGUGUUUUAAUGCUCGGUGGGUGCUUGGCCCGGGUGGUGACAGUGUCUCCUGGUCCUUUAAUCCGGGUGGAGGGUCAGCCUGUCUCCAUCACAUGUGAUGUCAAGGACUACUCGGGACCUCCUGAGCAGGAUUUUGAGUGGAUGAUGUCCAGGGAGGCGACCGGGGCGAAGAAAAAGAUGAUUUCCACCUUUGACACCGGGUACCCCGACCCGUUGUUUAGCAAGCGUGUCGCAUCUGGCGACAUCGCAGUAGAGCGGCUCCAGGACGACGAGGUGGAGCUGAAGAUAGCGGAGGUGAAGUCGACUGAUGCUGGGUUCUACUGGUGUCAAACGCCGAGUACAGACUCCUCCUUCAGUGGCAACUACGAGGCUCAGGUCAAACUCACAGUCAUCCCCAACACCCUCAGGGUCUCCUCCCAGACCCCGCCCCCAGUUGUCCCAGAAGGUAGUGACAUGACGCUCUCCUGCAACAUCACCCGGCAACUCACCCACCCCACCUACCUGUCUGUCACCUGGUCGGUGAAGAAGGGAACGACAUCGGAGGAAAUUUUGACAUUUGGCCCUCAGGGAGACGUGGUCACAGGGCCGAAGUACACCCGGCGCUUCGCCGACGGAGGCAUUCGAUUGGUUCCUGGGAAGGAUGGAUUGUUUGAAUUGGUGAUUUCCAGAGUGACAUCGUCUGACGAAGGGAUUUAUGAAUGCAACGGGACGGAAUGGACGCAUGAAAAUGGCAAAUGGAUAAAAAUCGUGGAGAGCACAAAAGAGAUGGGCACUGUUGCUGUUACUCCUACAGGUCGGUCCCUCAGCGUGAAUGCUUCAUCCUCCUCCUCCCCCUCCUCCACGUCUCUCCUCCUCUCCCCCGGUAACACACUGAGCCUCCUCUGCUCCAUCGUCGCCGACAACCUGCCCGCCCUCGCCCUGGAAGUGACCUGGCUGGCCGACGGCCGCGAGAUCAUCACCAUGGAGCGCAGCGGGGUGGUGAUCUCAAACACCUCCUCGAGCAGCGCACAAGGAAAGCGAGGGGAGGCAACCUUGGAGCGGACGGGAGCUGGAGAAUACAGGCUGGGGGUGACAGGGGUGAGCGGGGAGGACGGAGGGGCGUACACCUGCCGCAUCCGAGCCUUCAUCGAGAAAGGAGGAAGGAGGUGGCAUAUGGCGGCCGAGAAAACGUCCAGCCCUUUGACUGUGAAGGUGUCGCAGAUCAAACCGAGCUUCAAGCUGACCAUUGAAGCUGUCCUGAGCCCCCAGAUGACUGCUGAACCCACAGAACUGGCAUGUCAUGUGAUUGACAUUACCCAUCUACCCCCUGGAGGCCGUCUGGGUGUCACGUGGGAGCACACUACACUACCUGGUAUAGGGGACGAUCCUCAGACCUCACAUCCCAUUGGCUCCCUGGACGGCAAUGGCAAUCUGUUGCCGGAAUCUAUGUAUUCUGACAGGCUGAAGAGCGGCCUGUUAUCUCUGACCAGAGUCCAGCCCAACACAUUCAAACUGCGAUUCCUCCGCACACAGGAGAUCGACAUGGGCCAGUACGUUUGCACUGUGUCUGCUUGGAGCAUUAACAGCCAGGGGGGCCUGGUGAAGACCGCUCAGAACCAGAGCUCGCCUCUGACUGUGCGGUGGGAUACCAAACGUCCCUCUCUAAACGUCGUGGCCAAGGUCACCCGUGAAGCCUCAGUGGGCGGGGCGACCUUUGAGAUGAGCUGCACUGUGACCACUCAUAACCUUGGGGAGGCGGGAUACUCAGUGCUCAUCCAAACACAGGACAACCUUCAGAGCAACGUGAAAACCAUCAUGACUCUCAGCCCGGACAACGUCCUGCAGCACGGAGGAGCCACAGACCCCAACAGGAGAGACAGUCUGGUUCUGACAAAGUCUGGUGCUACUGAGUUUCGGUUUCGCCUGGCUGGUGUCCAGUUGUCUGACAGAGGUUUCUACUGGUGCGACAUCACCGCCUGGACAAAACAGCUACCAGGACAGACUUGGACCAGAGCCACCAACGCAGAGUCUAACAAAGUCAAGAUCGACUUUCAAGAAAAUGGCCCGACCUUCUCCAUCACCAUCCACUCUGACGUCAGCAGUGUUUAUCCAUGGGAAACGGCCAAGAUGGAGUGUUCGCUCAGUGUCUCUGGAUCCUCACCAAAGACUGACGACCUGGCAUACGAGGUGCGUUGGUUUUUCACCAGGCUGCGUGGCGGAGCAACAACGAGCCAGGUGGCAAGCCUGGACCGCUUCGGCGUUGUGAGGAAAGACGCUCGUAACUCAUCCAGUGACAUUUCAAUAGAGCGCAAAGGCACACACACCUACAUGCUGAACAUUCAUGGCACUCAGGACAGUGACAGUGGUGAGUACCACUGUGUUGCCACUCCCUGGUACCUGUCGGCCUCAACAGGAGCUUGGACUCAGGCCGGGGAGCUGACGUCGACUCGAAUCUUCCUUACAGUCCGAUUUGCUGUGUGGGAGUCCCUACAGUUACCUCUCUUUUAUGGUCUAGCAGCCUCAAUAGGUGUGGGCCUCUUCUCUCUGGUCCUGGGUCUUGUUUGUGCCCAUUGCUGCUGCCGCAACACCGCACACACCCCACGCUCCCGCAACAAACUGAUGGACCUGGAGAUGGACUGACAAACACUUUCCCCCGCACCCACACACUGCAGCGCUCACAGAAAACACCACACACACAACAGACACACGCCCAUAGAUGAUUUCUGGGACACCCAGUUGUUUCCAGGCGACGGAUGUUGGGAGUAAAACGACACAUCGCUUUGGAAAGAGAAGCCUGGCUGAUCAAUCACAGUGCUUUUAUGGGUGCUCAGGAUCUCAGAUUCAGCUCUGCAGUGGAGGAGCAGGGGACUUCUACAAGCACCAAUGGGGAAACAGCCUUUGAGACUUCAAUUUCUAUGAAGAUCCAUUGAAAUCUGUGGUGCUUCCAGUGAUUUUUUUUUUUUUUACACAGAUACAGAUUUGCUCCCCAUUUAGACCUUAGCACUAUAAGAAACUCUGACGAAUCUGGAGUUUAAUUUUUUGAGAACAGGCUUCUGAGACAUCACUGCCACUUUGUAAUAAAGGACCACAUAACAGAUCUGCUGCCUCUGUAACCACUGGGGAUAACAAAUGAAGCGCUCAGGCUGGGCUACACGCUUUUCCCCCCUUCUUCUGAUGCCAAGGCUUCCUGCAAAGUACAAACACUUCCUGAUGGCAAUUGAGUCUCUCAGAGUAACGACACACCAGCCUACCCCGUUGAAAUUUUCUUUUUUGAGGAAGCACAGAAAAAUCAAGGGGUGGUUGGAGAUCGAGAGAUAGAAGUGUUGUCAUUUAUGUAUCUGUGCCUCAACAUAUCCAUGUUAAGUCACACGGCUAAAGUUAUUUUGUAUUUGCAAGGACUGGCGGUUUAGGCAGCCUGAGCCUUACUUCUGUCAAGGAGGAUGUCAUGGAGUAAAUGUCACGUUCAUACGGGCAGCAGAAGUCCCAGAAAAUGAAAGUGCUUCAGUGCUUUCCACAUGAGAGGUAUUGCACUAGAACUACCACCCCAGAGUAUUCCUACCUUAACAAGAGGACAAUAUUUACCUUUAUUCUCAACUCUAGUUUUAUGAAAAUUGAGAGAUUUUAAAAUGCUUAAAAUGCAUUUUUAAGCUUUACAAGGAGAUAUGCAUUUAGUGUGUUUGUGUGUGAGAUAUACUGUACAUGGUGCCAAUAUUUGAACUAAUGGAGGUGUGCUUGGUUCAUAUUGCCAGAUCAACACUUGAACAACCACUAAAAGUGGUGACAGCAUACACUCUUUUUAUAAAUAUUCAGAAAUGUGUCCAGCUGUUUCUUUGCCCCCUGGUAUUGUGUGUGUUAGUGUGUGACUACUGUGCUACAGUAUGUGAGACAAAGAAUUGCAUGUACUGUUUUGUAAUGACAGACUGAUGUCAUUCAUAAGCAACACAAGCCUUUUCCAUGGUUACUUUUUAAUGACUCUUAAAUCCAGAUUUUUAAAGCCACCUAUCACUCCAGUAAAUCUAGACUCUAAUGUGUUGACACUGUGACUGUGAAGUUCUGAACAGGAAAACCAUGCAUAUUUCUCAGUUUCAGUUUUGUUUUUUUAAAAGGAAUUAUGAAACAUUUUUGGGGAAAUACGUGUAUUCACUUUCUUUCCAAGAGGUAGACAAUAAGAUCAAUAUUAAUCUCACAUCUGUGCAUUAAGCAUGGAGCUAGAGUCAGGAAGUGGUUAGCCUAGCGUGUGUGUGUGUAUGUAUGCGUGUGUGUGUGUAUAUAUAUAUAUAUAUAUAUAUAAUCAAUCACUGCUCUUAUAGUUAUCCUAUUUUAAAUACAUAAUACAACAUAAAUGAGACACUUUGAAAUUGUUUGCAGGCAUGUUAUGUCACCUUUGGUUUAGCUAGGCUAGCAGUCUCCACUUUAAGCUAGGCUAAAAAUUUCCCAGACCAAUUAUUGCUGGCAAACUAGGAUUCUUUAUUUCUCAAUUUGUCAAACUGUUCCUUAAACAUUGCUAACUGGCAAGAAAAGUUGCCAUAAAACUGUCAUUAAAGUUGUUUCAGAGAUUUCAACUGGCAGAUACAGCCCUUUUCCAAAUCAUUUCAAGAUGUUUCAUCUUUACUCUUUCACAGCAAAGUUGUAGGAAACUGUUUACUUUCACCUAACAGCCAAAACUGAAAAUCAGAUCUGUAGAGCAAGAGGAAAGAAACAUCUGCUAUUUCCAGCAGAUUCAGAAGGUCAGCUAUUGAGUCUGUUUUAUAGCAAAUUAAUGAAUUUUUGCAUCAUGUUGACUUGUGUGAACGCGCAAUCGCAGUUUCAGCAACGACAACACACAAAGAGAGGAAGUUGAAUGGCUUUUAAAGGUGUUUUUAGUAACUAUCAGAACUUUACGAGCAAUAUCAGGCUGUAGUCAGGUCACAGCUCAUGUAAAUCUGGAAUCAUCACACAGUUUUCACUGUUUUCAGAGCUAACACACAAAGUUAAGAUUAGUUUAAAACAGGAUGGUUGUUUCUUGAUUGGAUGUUAUUCAAAUAAUUCAUCUUUCACCCACUCAGCUUUGACGGUGCAGAAUUGUUAACUAUUAUCCAAUCAGAACGCAAUGCCUAUAUCCAUAAAUAUCUCUCAUUGGUGAUAUUGAAUGGGUCUAUUUCAUAGCUUCAUUAUUAUUAUUUCAUAACAAAUGUACAACACCAUCAGCUACAGGAAACACCAAGACAACCCUAAAAUUAUAAUAUUUUUCUACUCAGUUGUUCAGAUGCGUUUAGAAUGGCAGCACUCGUCUGACACAAAGUUAAACCUUUUGAACCAGAUUUAGUCUGAAUGCAGUUAUCUGCAAGCUUCAUCCAGCAAACGAAAAAACUAAGAAAUCUGACGUUCCAUCAGUGCUGCUAUUCUGUUUUAUUCACGAAGGGGUUCAGCUGAAAAUCCAUUUGAGAAAUAUUCAAUAUGUGUGUUUUGGCUCAACUGAUGGUGACAGUUACUUCAGAAACUCCCAAUAAGUCUCCAUGUGUUUGUGGGUGUGUGCGCCUCUCCGUGAUGUUGCAGUAUUCAAAAUAGGUUACAAAAACAACACCACACAUUCACAGUACUUGAGCACACAGGUGAAUUAUAGGGCUCUGUGCCAUAUUGCUCUUAAUGGUAUACAACACACACGUAGCUUUGAUACACACAUUGAACAUGUCACUGCAAGGCCUCUCCAGUGUCCUUUUUUAUUUUGUCAUUUUAUUGCAAUGAGUAUGAUGAAUCAUUGUUUUUUAAUAAAUAGAUUUGUAAGGUG